AUGAGCAGCAAAAAGGAAGAAGAGCGCAACGAGAAGAUUAUCAGAGGUUUAAUGAAGCUACCGCCCAAUCGCCGUUGUAUUAACUGCAACAGUAUGGGUCCUCAAUAUGUGUGCACAAAUUUUUGGACAUUUGUGUGUAUGACAUGCAGUGGAAUUCACCGGGAAUUCACUCACCGUGUGAAAUCUGUUUCAAUGGCCAAAUUCACUUCCCAAGAAGUUGAAGCUCUUCAAAAGGGUGGCAACCAGCGUGCUAGGGAAAUUUAUUUCAAGCUUUGGGACCCACAAAGACACAGAUUUCCUGAUAAUAGCAAUGCUGACAAGGUUCGGGAAUUAAUAAAGAAUGUUUAUCUGGAAAAGAAGUAUGUCGGUGGUAGCUCAUCUGACAGACCUCCCAGAGAUUUGCAGAACAGUAGAAGUCAUGAUGAAGAAAUUAGGCGAGCAAGUUCUUAUCAUUCUUAUUCUCAGAGCCCACCAUAUGAUUUUCAAUAUGAAGAAAGGCGAUAUGGAAAACAUGCACCAGUUCUCUCCAGAAAACCUGGCUCAGAUCGGGGCCUUUAUGAAGGAAAAGUCUCUAGUUUUUUGAGUCCUAGCCGUCUAAGGGACCAUAGCCCUGGUCGUUUAAGUGAUCCAGUUUAUGAGGACAGCUUUGCACUUGAGCGAUCUGACUCCAGAACAUCAGAUUAUUCGGCAUCUAGUGGAGGUGACCCAUUUAGGUCAAACAUACAAUCACCUAAUUCCCAGAGAGAUUUUGGAAGUCCAACCAAUGAAUUUUCACGAGAUCAUUCUAGCGAAGAUAUUGUGCGUUUCACAAAGAAUUCUAACACAGGUUCACCCGCCAGGAGAAGCUUUGGACGGAUGUUAUAUCCACAGAGAACUGCUUCUUUAGGAAGCUUCGGAUCAGUCGACUCCUUGUCGUUCAAGUCUGUCAAUUCUGUUGGUUUAGUGGAUGCUACCAACGGGCACGAACAAGUUGUGGAACCUCAUGAGGAUAAGAAAUUCACUGCACCACCCCAAACUUCAGUUAUUGGGAGUUCUGAUGGCUUGGACCUUUUUAAUGCAUCAGUUGCACAAGAUGCUAUGUCCACUUUACCUCAAACAUCAAAUUCUAGGGCUUUUGGUGGUUUGGACCUUUUUAAUGCACCAUUUGCACAACAAUCUGUUUCUUCUUCAACUGUAGCUGGUAAUGUGUCUCAAUCGCCAGGAUCGUCUUCCAUCGAAUUCAGUAAUUUGAUACAGGCAUCUACUGCUCCAACUGCUAGCACAAAUCAACAUGCCCAACCCAGUUCAUCAUCAUCUUUGGACCAGUUCCCGAAGGCUUCCUCUGAGCCAUCUGCUGUAAAUUUCAUUGACGAACCUCUCCAUUUUAUACCUCAAAAUGAAGGAUGGGCUACGUUUGACACACCACAAAAUGUGGUUCCAUUUGCCACUGCCAGUUCUUAUACGUCAGAAGCUCCUGCUUCUGAUGCCAAUACGGCGAAAAACUUUGAUCCCCUUCUUUCUGUUGGUCAGUGGCCUUCAUUUAAAGAUACUUCUAUGCAUGAAACUUCAGUACAGCUGCCUCAGUGGAAUGCCGAUGUGGGAAGUGUUGGUAUCAUACCAAGCGCUUCAAGUUCCGAGUCAUGGAAUGCCUUUGAGAAUUCAUUUGGAAACUUAGGAGAAAGGACAGAACAGGUUGCAGUUCAUCGAUCUCCGUUUUCUGAUCAAUACCUUCCUAUAGAAUCAAAGGAAGAACAUGGUGGAGCAUUCAAAUCUACCAACCCGUUUGAUCUGCCUUAUGAUGCUGGAACAAAUUCUGAGGAUAUGCCUCAGUUUUUUGAGUUGAGCACUUUGCAAGCUGCACUUCCAAUUGUCCAGGCACCAUCUCCCUUCACUGCUGGAGCAAAUCAGCAUUGGUUUUCUGAGGAUACAGUUGCUCCUUAUGUUCAAACUGGUUCAGAAGGAGUGCUUGGAUACAUUGCAGGACAUGCACAAAGCUCACAAAUAUCGAAUGUCUCCUCUCACGGUUCUGUAGCUUCGGUUGGAGGAAACCCUUUUGCGUAG